UCCGGGUAACAGGACAGGCGUGUACAAUUUGUUCCUAUGUUAAUUUUACUUUCGGGACGCUUGUACGUCGAAGACGAAUCUUCAGAUAUAUCGAAGAAUUAUAAAAAAAUGAGGAUGGGAAUCAUUGCACUGAAGUGUUGGACUUCGCUUCCCCAUGGUCUGUUUGUCCACAAGGCUGGAAUUUAACUAACACUGAUCAUUUGUAGUCUGUAACGCCGUUUCGUCAAGACAACAUGAAGCACACAGGGAGAGUACCACUGAACUUUUGCUCUGGGGUUUACCUCUGCAUCCUGGUCCAGCUGACCAUCAGUGCCAAGCUGGGCUUGACAACGCCUCAGAUCAAAGAGGAUUUUGGAAAAAACUCAACACAGAUGUUUAAGGCGCUGAAUGAGCCACUCUCUGCUGCAAAUGAGCUCGAGCCGCCUGGUCAAGUAACACCAGGAAUUCAGACUGAUGCUUCAGCAUUCACACCAGUCAGUGCCAUCAGAACUCCAGAAUCAACACCAACACCCACACCUUGCUCUGCGACAAUUUCUAUCUCAGCAUCUCCCUCAGAAGGACCAUCACACAGGAUGAAUCAAUCCCCAAAAGAUCUUUUUUCUCUUGAGCAGCGCAGGCGAGGCUGGGUGAUCCUGCACAUUGUUGGGAUGCUUUACCUGUUCUUGGCUCUUGUGGUUGUGUGCAAGGAGUUCUUUGUUCCUGCAGUGGAAGUAAUCGCAGACAGGUUGGCCAUCUCUGAUGACGUGGCGGGAGCCACUGUCAUGGCUGCAGGGAGAUCCAUCCCAAGGUUUUUUGCAUUUUUAAUAGGGAUCGUGGUCGCACACAGCAAAGUGGGAAUCGGCACAAUCGUUGGGCCAGCUGUGUAUAACAUCUUGUUUGUGAUUGGGAUGUGUGCUUUGUUUUCACGGGAGGCUCUUCAUCUGACCUGCAGGCCUUUUUUCAGGGACAUGACUUUCUACAUAUUUCUCCUCACCUUAAUAAUGUUGUGUUUCUUGGACGAUGUCAUCAUGUGGUGGGAGAGCCUGAUACUGGUGGCCGGCUACACUGUUUAUAUAAUCUUAAUCAGGUUUGAUGCACAACUAGAACGAGUGGUAAAACUUUUCAAACACAAGAACAUUGCAAAAUUCACCGCUGUGGAAGAACUGGAAACGGAAGAUGCGCCUGCAGGGGAGCAUGAGUCAAGAGGAUGGGAAGUCUCCGGCACUGACAGAGCUGACAGCGAGAAAAACAGUGAUGACUGCUGUGAAAAUGGGAACGAUGAGAAUGAAAACACAGAAGAGGCAGAGAAAGAAGCAACAGAAGAUAAACCGUUGUCUUUAAAGUGGCCUGACGCACCAUGUGAGCAAGCUGCCUACUUCUUCCUGUUGCCCAUAAUCCUCCCUCUCUGGCUCACAGUUCCUGAUGUUCGCAACCAGAAAUCCAGGAGGUUCUUUGGGAUUACCUUUGUGGCUUCCAUUCUGUGGAUUACUCUCCUCUUGUACUUCCUUGUGUCUUUGGGUCAUCAGGUGGGAGAAACUUUUGGAAUCCCACACGCCUUUAUGACCGUCCUGAUGGGAUGGAGCAGCCCGGACCUCCUCACCAGUGUGAUUGUGGCUCGUAAAGGCCGGGGGGACAUGGCAGUGUCCAGCUCUGUGGGCUGCAACAUCUUCGACAUCGCUGUUGGCCUCCCGGUCUCGUGGCUCCUCUUUUCGUCCAUCCACGGCUCGGCUUCAGCGGCCGUCGGCACCACCGGGCUCGUCUGUUCCUGCGUGUUGCUCUUCCUCACGUUCCUCUUUGCCAUCGUCCUCAUGCUGUGCUGCAAGUGGAGGAUGAGUAAGCUCCUGGGAUCCUCCAUGAUCCUGCUCUACAUCAUCUUCCUCGUCAUUUGCUUCCUGCUGCACUCUCAGGUUAUUGUUUGUCCUUUCAAGACAUAAAAUCCCAGAUUCUACUGAGACAUUUACCAUCUUCCUGUUGACCUGUAAUCAUGACCACUCAGCAUUUACCGUGUAAUAUCAUACUUCUGUAUGAGAUCUGCACUCACAGACCAGCACUGCAACUCAUAAUUGGUUCUUGAAUAUCUACGCUUUUGGAACUAUGGAUAAGAAAUGUUUUUUUUUUUCUUUAAAGACUUUGACACUACCUAUGAUUUGGAAUAUUACUCAGUGAGGGUUUUUUUCUUUUAUACAGACUGCAUUGCAAGGGACUAUUAGAUGCACUUUUUAAAUAUUUACGUGUCUAUAGUUUCAACAUUAUUAUGUAGCAUUCGAAAAUUCCUAUAUAAACAUUUGCAUUUGCAAGAAGUAAGACUUCUGUAUUAAGUUUUUACAAUAUUUUAUUUUAUUAAAACUAAUACAAAGCUAUUUUUAUAGAUUUUAUUUGAAAUAUAGUAUUUUUUAAUAACUGGAAAUAAAUUUUUGCAUUCAUGGUUUUUUUUAAGAUUCAUAUUCUACAAAAUAAAUCCGCAAUUUUUUUUGUAACACUGAAAGAAAGUAAAAAAACAUGAACAUUUGACUUGUUGCUUCAAGUGUUGAUUUAAUGUAUUAUUUUAACUUGUAAAUUGAUUAAAAUUCUCACUAUUGACCCUCCAAACCUUAAAAAAGAAAUGCCAAUGCUUUUAGUUGAUUUUGAGAAGAGUGUUGAACAGAAUAUUUUAACAAGCGUACUUUUACUUAUAAUCAAGUAAAACCAAAGCAGUGUUACAAAUAUAACUAGUUGUAGCUCAAAGGGGCCUUUUUCUGUUUUUUUGCAUGUUGACAAACUCAUGUAUCUUUGUCACUCCGAGGCUGCUCUUAUCAUUUGUUUCCAUAAUAGUUACACAGUUUGUUUGCAAAAGAAAAAAAAUACAUAA